GAGGGAUUAGAGGAUGGUACGCGAAGCUGCGCGUUGGCUCCCUGAGCGAAGGGGCCGCUCCGGGGCUCGCCCCGCCGCCUGCCCGAGAGGUGCGAGGGGUUAGGCCGGGGAGGCGCAGGGAUGGAGGGCUCGGGCGAUGCCUCCUGGACCGUGGCCGACUGGCGCCUGGCCGUGUGGACCCUGUUCUCCGUGCUCCUGCCCGUGCUCAUCACGGCGUGGUGCAGCUUCCAGCGGUCCCGGCGGCAGCUGCUGAUCCGGGACAUCUUCCGCAAGAGCGAGCACGACUGGCGCUACACGGACCUCUUCGGGCAGCCCUCGUACUGCUGCGUGUGCGCCCAGCACAUCCUGCGCGGCGCCUUCUGCGACUGCUGCGGGCUGCGCGUCUGCGAGAGCUGCCUCAAGAAAGCGGACCAGCUCUUCCUCUGCAAGGAGAUCAUGAUGAGGAGCACCGCGGGAGCCCCCAGCUCCAUGCCGCACCACUGGAUCAGGGGCAAUGUCCCUCUCUGCAGCUGCUGCAGCGUCUGCAAGCAGCAGUGCGGCACGCAGCCCAAGCUCUGCGACUACAGAUGUGUGUGGUGUCAGUACAUUGUGCAUGAUGAAUGCAUGGUGGAUUCUUUGAGGACUGAGGAUUGUACAUUUGGAGAAUUCAAAGACUUAAUUAUUCCACCCUACUAUUUGUCUGCAAUUAACCAGAUGCGUAAAGAGAAAAGAACCAGUUAUGAAAAGGUGGUCCCUUACUGCAGGAUGCCAGUGAUGGUGCUGGCUAAUACUCGCAGUGGAAACAACAUGGGUGAAAUUUUACUAGGAGAAUUUAAAAUGCUGCUGAACCCCGUUCAGGUUUUUGAUCUCAGCAAAAUUGCACCUGCUAAAGCUCUGCAGCUCUGCACUUGGCUGCCCUGCAAUGCUGUCAGGGUUCUGGUCUGUGGUGGGGAUGGCACAGUGGGCUGGGUCCUGGAUGCAAUUGAUGAAAUGAAGAUAAAGGGGCAAGAACAAUAUAUUCCACAAGUUGCAGUUUUACCUCUGGGAACAGGGAAUGACCUGUCGAAUACACUGGGCUGGGGUGCAGGUUAUGCUGGAGAAGUCUCUGUAGAGCAGAUCUUACGAAAUGUCAUGGAGGCAGAUGGAAUCAAACUAGACAGAUGGAAGGUUCAAGUAACAAACAAAGGAUACAGCUUAAGGAAACCAAAGGUAUUCACAAUGAACAACUACUUCUCUGUAGGACCUGAUGCUCUUAUGGCUUUAAAUUUCCAUGCCCAUCGUGAGAAGACUCCCUCUCUGUUUUCCAGCAGAAUCAUCAAUAAGGCUGUUUAUUUUUUUUAUGGAACCAAAGACUGCUUAGUACAAGAAUGUAAAGAUCUUAACAAAAAGGUUGAGCUAGAGUUGGACGGUGAGAGGAUUGAGUUGCCCAAUUUGGAAGGCAUCAUUGUGCUGAAUAUUGGAUACUGGGGAGGUGGCUGCAGGCUCUGGGAAGGAAUGGGGGAUGAACCUUAUCCUUUGGCAAGACAUGAUGAUGGACUUCUGGAAGUUGUUGGUGUUCAUGGUUCUUUCCACUGUGCCCAGAUCCAGGUGAAACUGGCAAAUCCUGUUCGCCUGGGGCAGGCACACACAGUGAGGCUGAUCCUGAAGAGCUCCAAGAUGCCGAUGCAGGUGGAUGGGGAGCCCUGGGCGCAGGGGCCCUGCACUGUCACCAUCACUCACAAGACCCACGCUCUGAUGCUGUACCACUCAGGGGAGCAGACAGAUGAUGAUGAUGCCUCCAGCCUGUCAGAGUAACACCACAGGAGGGAGCAGGUGGAUAAAGACCUGGAGAUUUUGUGGAAUUUCACUUGCGGCAGCGAGGAGCUUCAGCUCAUUAGGACACCCGUGUUUGAUCUAGGUUGAGGUUUAUGCACUAAGGUUCAUACUUGUAAAUGAACUAGAGCUGAGGAAAAAGCCAUGCUUUUGCACUCAUGGAAACUUUCACAGCUGAAUUACCACAACUGGUUUGCUUUUAGGUUGGUGGGGAUGCCCUCCAGCCUUUCCAGCUGGAGUGUGUUCCUCCAAUGGCUGAAAAGGGGACAGAUGCUGCAACCCUUCCUCGCUGUGGAAUCAGGUCUUCAGCACAUACAUACUACAGUGUUUCAGAGAGAUGUUUCAUACCCCUGGAAAGGGGAGCAGCUGGGGGGUUUGACCUGCUUCCAGCUGCCCCAGAACAGUUCCAGAGCAGAAAACCAACCAGGCAGAAUAUGGGUUGAUGUUCUGACAGCAGCCUGGUCCCAGCUGCCAUCUCUGCUUGGGAGCAAGAGCAGUAAUUCUGCACCUGCUUGUGCAGUGCAUUUCUAAUAAGCUUCACUGAGAGAGUAGAGGAUCUGGGAGCUCUGGGGAAGGCACUCAGCAAGAAAAUUGCUUUUGGACCAAAGGUUUCUGGAAAUGUUAUUUAAGAAAUUACCUUUUUCAGUGGCUUUGUAAGCCAAAAAGUACCCUGAGGUCCCCAACAUACAACUCAAAAUAUUUGUACCAUGACUUGCACUGAAUGAUCCUGUGACUUGACUUUGCUUCAGUUCAGUGAGAGACUAAUUCUAGUUCCUGUAAAUAGCAACAUCAUAGUUCCUGGGGAGGCUUUUUUGGAGGAAAACUUGGACAAAGGAGCAUCUUUUUUAGCUGUUUAGACGAAAGGGUUUUAAAGAAAUAAGGAUGACUGGCAAAUGUGGAGUAUUUUUUAAAAAACUUGUUAAAGAGUAUGGCUCAUAAUUACUUGAGAAUGAGCAGUAGUAAGUCUAUUAACUUUCAAUUUUAUGUGUGGAGGUUGAGAGC